AUGGACAGAAAUGAGCUUAUUGGGGUGGCCGUCAGGCUUGUAGCCGCAGCAGCUGUUUCUUACCUUUCAUUACGGUAUAUGACAAAAUACCUGGAUCCGAAUUAUGGGGUUAACGAAGAUUGCAAAAAGAAGGUUGCAAAACUUUUCAAAGAGCUUGGAAUAAAUCGUGAGAUCGAACUUUCGGAGCAUGAAGUUCGAAUUGCCACUCAGUUCGUUGGAGGAGAGGAUGUUGGAGCUGAUUGGGAUGAAAUUGGAGGGUGUGAAGAGCUUGUUGCGGAACUCAAAGAUCGAAUUAUUCUGCCUUUGAGAUUCGCUGCACAAAGUGGAAGCAACUUACUAUCACCCCCGCGAGGAAUUCUUCUCUAUGGUCCACCAGGAUGUGGAAAGACUUUGUUAGCCAAAGCUGUUGCUAGAGCCGCUGGAUGCAGGUUCAUCAACCUUCAAGUUUCUAUUCUCACCGAUAAGUGGUAUGGCGAAUCUCAAAAACUUGCUGCCGCCGUGUUCUCAGUUGCUGCGAAAUUCCAGCCAACAAUCAUUUUCAUCGACGAAAUCGACUCAUUCCUUCGUGACAGACAAUCACACGAUCACGAAUCGACCGCAAUGAUGAAGGCACAGUUCAUGACUUUGUGGGACGGAUUCGCCAGCUCAGGAGACCAAAUAAUUGUUAUGGGAGCAACGAAUCGACCACGCGAUGUCGAUGCUGCUAUACUUCGAAGAAUGACUGCUCGCUUUCAAGUUCCAGUGCCGACUGCUAAGCAAAGAAGUCAAAUUCUAAAUGUCAUUCUCAAAAAUGAAACUAUCCAAAGUUCAGUUGAUUUGGGUAAAAUUGCACAGAAAGCAGAAGGGCUCAGUGGCAGUGAUCUGAAAGAGGUCUGCCGGCUCGCCUUACUCGCCCGUGCCAAGGCUACAGUAGCUUCUGGUGGCUCUGUGACACAACUUGAGCCACUUGAGCAAUCGGAUUUCGAAUCUGCCGUUCAGAAAUACAUGAGAGCUGCACAAUUGCUGGUCGAAGAGACUCUGGAUUAA